AUGGUCAACCAAAGUUCUCCAGCGGGCUUCCUCCUUCUGGGAUUCUCUGAACAUCCAGGGCUGGAAAAGAUUCUCUUCGUGGUUGUCUUAACUUCCUACCUCCUGACCCUGGUGGGCAACACCCUCAUCAUCCUGCUCUCUGUGCUGGACCCCAGGCUCCACUCUCCAAUGUACUUUUUCCUCUCCAACCUCUCCUUCUUGGACCUCUGCUUUACCACAAGUUGUGUCCCCCAGAUGCUGGUCAAUCUCUGGGGCCCAAAGAAGACCAUCAGCUUCCUGGGCUGCUCUGUCCAGCUCUUCAUCUUCCUGUCCCUGGGGACCACUGAGUGCAUCCUCCUGACAGUGAUGGCCUUUGACCGCUAUGUAGCUGUCUGCCAGCCCCUCCACUAUGUCACCAUCAUGCACCCCCGCCUGUGUUGGCAACUGGCAUCUGUGGCCUGGGUCAUUGGACUGGUCCAAUCAAUAGUCCAGACACCACCAACCCUCCGCCUGCCCUUCUGUCCCCACCAGCAGAUUGAUGACUUUUUAUGUGAAGUCCCUUCUCUAAUUCGACUCUCCUGUGGAGACACCACCUUUAAUGAGAUCCAGUUGGCUGUAUCCAGUGUCAUCCUCGUGGUUGCACCACUCACCAUCAUCCUUGUCUCUUAUGGUGCCAUUGCCAGGGCAAUGCUGAGGAUUAAUUCUGCCAUAGCAUGGAGAAAGGCUUUGGGGACCUGCUCCUCCCAUCUCAUUGUGGUCACCCUCUUCUACAGCUCAGUCAUUGCUGUCUAUCUCCAGCCCAAAAAUCCUUAUGCUCAAGAGAGGGGCAAGUUCUUUGGUCUCUUCUAUGCAGUGGGCACUCCUUCACUUAACCCUCUCAUAUACACCCUGCGGAACAAGGAGGUAAAGAGGGCAUUCAGGAGGUUGCUGAGGAAGGACAGGGACUCCAGGGAGAGCUGA